AAGUUCAUUUUUUGGAACUUUGGCAUUGGAUUCAUUUUUCAGCCUUGGAGGUAGCAGCUUGGUGUGGAGCCUUGACCCGAACAUUUAACCUUGUGGCAAUUGUAAGGUCAAUAAAGUCUGCCAGUGCGGCCACUAAAGACAUGAACAUCGACACAGUAAACGCUCUACCUUGCGAGGAAUUUGUGAACGUUUUUGGCAACGUGGUGGAGAAAUGUCCCAUUGUGGCAGCGGCUGUGUGGUCGACGCGUCCCUUUGCAAGCUUGAAAGCCUCGGAGGCUGCAGUGAGUGAGUUCAUCGAUGCUCUGCCGGAGUCAGGUAAAGAGGGCAUCCUCGGGUGUCACCCGGACCUCGCGGGCAGGGACCUCCAGAGGGGCACCCUGACCCGGGAGUCGCGCGGGGAGCAGGCACAGGCCGGACUGGACGCGCUCGAGUCCGCGGAAAUGUCGCGCAUGGCCCGGCUCAACGGGGAGUACAAGGAGCGGUUCGGCUUCCCGUUCGUCAUCUGCGCCCGGAUGUGCGACAAGGCGAACAUCCUGCAGCAGCUGUCGCAACGAGCGCGCGGCGGAGAGGAGGUGAAGAAGAUAGGCCGCCUGCGUCUCCAGGGCCUCGUGCUCACUGGCUCUCCGGACAAGUUGUGUCUCACCUGUUACAGUGUAAAGAUUCCCAUUACCAUCAGACCUACACGUGGUUGUGAUGUUUGUUUUGGUUUUAUUUCAAAUUUGGUCAUAUGUACAAUUCUUCCAUCAUAUAAUGAUUUUUUUUAUUCCAAACAAUAA